AGAAAAAAAGAAAAAGAAAGAAGAAAUUAAGAAUGGAAACGAGAGAGAGAGAGAUAGAGCGUUUAAUACCCAUUCAAUCGAUAAAAAUAGCAGAAAAUAAUAACAAUGGAUUCUCUAAUUCAUCCUCUCAAUCUGUUUCUCCUUCCAAUCAUUCCUCUGGCAAAGAGGCAUUAUGCAAAGUGAUUCGUAGCUGGGCUUCAAAAAAGUUCAUGACAGGAUGUGUAAUUUUACUUCCUAUAGCCAUCACAUUCUGUGUCACCUGGUGGUUUAUCUGUUUUGUGGAUGGAAUCUUCUCUCCAAUCUAUACUCAUCUAGGAAUCAAUGUAUUUGGCUUUGGAUUUGUGACUUCCAUGACUUUUGUAUUCCUGAUUGGUGUGUUCAUGUCUUCAUGGUUGGGAGCCUCUCUUCUUAAUUUGGGAGAAUGGUUUAUCAAGAAAAUGCCUCUUAUUAGCUAUAUUUACUCCGCCUCUAAACAAAUCAGUGCUGCGAUAUCACCAGAUCAGACCUCCAAUGCCUUCAAGGAAGUAGCCAUCAUAAGACAUCCACGUAAUGGAGAAUACGCAUUUGGUUUCAUCACAUCAACUGUUAUUCUUCGUGGACGACUGGGUACAGAGGAACUCUGCUCCAUUUAUGUGCCUACAAAUCACCUUUAUCUUGGAGACAUCUUCCUCAUCAGCUCAAAGGAUAUCCUAAGGCCUAAUCUCUCUGUCCGAGAAGGAAUUGAAAUUGUCAUCUCAGGAGGAAUGUCGAUACCUAAGAUACUGACUACACUGGAUGCACAGGCCAUUGGAGCAGCAAGACUCGGCAAAUUCGUAAUUCCACCGGUAUAGUUGCGGUCCCUAUGCAUGGAUGAGUCUUUGACAGGCUUAUUCUUCCUGAUAUAAAAGAGCCAAGGCAUUCCAAAUGAGCUGCAGGACUUGUGAAUUUUAUUUCAUAAGCCUAUUUCCUUAUAAAAAAUAAUUCUUUU